GGAAGUGCCGGGCUCGGGCGCCUUCAGGGCGGGCGAACUGAAGUGAGCGGUCAGCAGGCACAGAGUGUGGACAGAGAGGGUCCGCGCACCCUCCCGUCUCCCGGUAUGCCAGGCUGGGGGCUGCAGGGGCGCGGAUCCUCCCGGGUUUCCCUUAAGACGAGCUCAAGGACUGGUGCGUAUGUGCAAAGCCAGCUCUUAGUUUCCCCGCUGCUUCUACCUCUGAAGAUGGCUUUCUCCGAGCGCAGUCCUCCAGCCUGACAGGACACGGCUAUGCCAUCCCCCCUCCCCAGCCCAGAAACGUGAGGGUCCUUCGGAAAGCCAGACCGCGGGGGUGCUCGGUGACGGGAGCGCCGUGCGUGCGAGACCGGGACGGAAUUAGGAUGUGCCUGGAUGCUGCCCCGCGGGUAAUUUCCCCUUCCUCCCUUUCGCCGCAAGCCGUGCCCGCUGCGGCGGGGAAAGCCCGGGAGGUGCGGGCUGCCCCCCGGCUGCCCCGGGGCAGCUGUCCCCCAGCGCAGGCACGAAGCGGCCCGCUGUUCCCUCCGCAGCAGCGCAGGGGGUGCACGGGCACCCUCCUAACCUUCCGCCCGGGCCCCCCAGCACCACCCCAAAGCCGACUGCGAACCGGAGGAGCCUGAGGGAGAAACCGCGGAGAGGGAAGCUGAGAAAAGGGUUGGGAGAUGAUGCAGCAGGACGAGUCAAACUCGCCAGUCUCCCCCGCCGACGACAGCUUGAGCAACAGCGAAGAGGAGCCGGACCGGCAGCAGCUGCCCAACAACAAGAGAGGGGGGCGCAAGCGGCGCUCCAGCCGCCGCAGCGCCGGCGGCGCCGUCGGGGCCGCGGACGAGCCCUGCAGCCCGGCCCAAGGCAAGCGGGGCAAGAAGUGCGGGGCGGGCGGGGGCGGCGGGGGCGGUGGCAGCAGCAGCGGCGGCGGCAGCCCCCAGUCCUACGAGGAGCUGCAGACCCAGCGGGUCAUGGCCAACGUGCGGGAGCGGCAGCGCACGCAGUCGCUGAACGAAGCCUUCGCCGCCCUGCGGAAGAUCAUCCCCACGCUGCCCUCGGACAAGCUGAGCAAGAUCCAGACCCUCAAGCUGGCGGCCAGGUACAUCGACUUCCUCUACCAGGUCUUACAGAGCGACGAGCUGGACUCCAAGAUGGCAAGCUGCAGCUAUGUGGCCCACGAGCGGCUCAGCUACGCCUUCUCGGUGUGGAGAAUGGAGGGCGCCUGGUCCAUGUCCGCAUCCCACUAGCAGGCGGCGCCCCCCACCCGCAUCCCCCCGGCAGGAGCCCUAGAUGACAUUGUUCCCACAGAAGGAGAAAAUGGACAAUCUAGAGACUCUGAAGUUGGAUACGAUUUUUUUGGUCUUGUCUAAAAAAAAAUGUACCAAGGAUUUCUUGGAAAUUAGAAGAGCAAUAUCCAAAUUCAAAGCAGGGCGUGGGGAGCACUUAAGGAAAGAGAAAGAGACAAGGGCUUUGGACAGUGACUACCCUUUGGGCGUCGGUACAAUCCACACAUCUCUGCAUUCUGAUAGAAGUCUGAAUCGUUCGAUUUUUUUUUUUUUAAUUUUGACGAAGAAUGUUGGAAUUUAACUUUUUUUUUAUUUGCCUUUUUUUUGCAUGCAUUCCCAAGAGGUCUUGCCUGUGAGCCACUGAUGAAAGGAAAUACACUAUUGUGGACUUUCUUCAUUCUUGAAUGAAACCAACCAACCAACCAAAAAAUAUCCCUGUAGAGAUGAAAACCUUUUUUUUUUUUUUUUUUUAGGGGGGAAUAAGCUGGGCUCAAGCUGUUAUAUACCCGGUUCCUAACUUUUUUAUUAUUAUUAUUUUUCCUCUGAGAAAAAAAUAAACAUUUUAUUUAUUUAUUGAUGACCCAUGUUAAAAUGCAAAUAGAUCCGGUGUCUAAAUGCAUUCCUAUUUUUAUGAUUGUUUUGUAAAUAUCAUUGUAUAUUAUUUUUCUGCAAUAAAUAAAUAUGAAUGAAAUUUUAAUAAC